AUGGUAAUUCUUGAUGAGACUGUUCUCAGACUAAAUGGGUUUAUGAGUCGGGAAGAGGAAGCUGCCGGACAAGCUGAAAAUGAGCUCAAGGGAAAGCGUGGGGCUUCUGAGAAGGAAAAACGUGCAAAGAAAAAACAGGGUAAACAGAAACGGAGCAGUCGCAAAGGUAAAGACAAAGGUAGAGAUGAUGGGAUGAUACUGUGCAAACACAUACAAGGGAACCAAUCUGAUGAAAGAACUUCAGAGGAUUUCUCUUCAAAGCAAGAUAAAAGUGUGCUUGAGAAGAUUGACAGGCUGGAAGAUGCUUCUGAUGUAUCUGAUGUGGGUGAUGAUGCUUCUGGGACAAUUCAACCAGAUUUAGAUGAGAGAGAUGGAAACACUGUUAAUUGGGAUACUGAUACAUCAGAAAUUCAGGCUGUUGUGGAUGUGACUAACUUUGAUGUUCAAAGUGGGCAGCUAGAGAAAAGGAACCUAUCUAUUGUGGAUGACAGUUCCUCAACAUGUUCAACUGACUCGGUCCCUUCAGUUGUGAUGAAUGGACCAAACAAGGGUAACUCUUUAACAAAUAAGAAAGGCCGAACUUCACCUAACAGAGUAGAGAAUCAUCGAGCAAAAGACAAGCAUGAUGGUGACAAUAAUUUACCAUCUGAUGCAUCUAAUGACUCUGGUCGUUCAGGUGAUGUCUCUGCCAGUAAUAAUCGACUUGAAACGGAGCCUGUUGAUGUCCCUUUGAAGGUUCAGGUACAUCGGCUUGAGCAUCACCCUCUUGAAAAGGAAACCAUUGUAAUCUUGCAGAAGAGGACAGCUAGCAAAGAUCAAAUUGAUUCAGAGAGGCCCUCAGAUUCAAGAACAUUAGAAUUACCCACUUCUGCAGCACUUUCUGGGAGAAAACCAGCUGCUAUUCCACAACAGCAGAAACCAUCCUCUGACAACACAACUUCAACAACCGAGCGAGUUGCUGGUGGAGAACUGGCAUCAGCUAUCCUAACUGACAAACCAGCACUCCCAGCAACAAAAACAACACAUAUUUUUCCCAUCCCCAAGUCUGAAUCCCAGAAGCCUAUUAACCAGCCAGUUAAGAGCUUGCCAGUUCACCAAGUCAGUUCAGUGUCCAGACCUUCCAGUGCCCCUUUGAAUCCAGGUCCCAAACCAACUGCUCCUAUCAUUUCCACAGUUCAGACGGUACCUAUUCUUUCACGCUCUGUGAGUGCUGCUGGUCGAUUGGGCACUGAUCCAUCUGCAGCAGCCCCAAGUUUCUUUCCUCAAUCCUAUAGGAAUGCCAUAAUGGGUAAAACCAGCAUAGGUGCGAGCCCAUCUGGAUUACAUUCCUCUUUGAGCUCCUCCAGCCAAGCUGCCACUUAUUUUCAGCCCUCUAAUUUUCAGUCAUCUGCUCCUAUUCCUCGCCCCCAAUCAUCUAUCUCAAAGGAUCAAGCUGCUGUCCGACCUGGAUUUACUUUUGGAUCAGUGAAGCCUGAAGCAUUGUCCAUCCACCCCCCUUGGAGAGGAGAUGCCUCACGUCAGGAAGCCAGCAACAUUAGAGGUGGUGCCUAUGAUUCCGGUGUAUUAACCAAUAUUGAAAGGAUGGGCAUUUACGAGUUGCAAAAUAAGCCAGGGGCAGAUGAUGGAGGAGCUGCUACCUCGUCUCGUCCUUCACAUGGAAUGGUGCAGGAUGAUUUCCCUCACCUUGAUAUCAUCAAUGACUUGCUGGAUGAUGAGCAUGGCAUGGGAAAAGUAGCAAAUGGCCGCCGUCAGCACCAGCCACCCUUCAAUCGGCAGUACUCGUUUCCUGGUGACAUUGCUAGCAUGGAGAUGGGCUUGUCAGAGGGCUUUGGCCUCUUUGAUCAUCCUGCUCAGCCAUGCUUCGAUGAUGGUUACAUGGUCUACGGCUCACCCAGCGGAGCUCUCAAUGGACCACGAGAUGCCCAUCUUCAGCAGGCUGAUAUUUCGGCUUACCCAACUGGCAGAAACGAUGGUUUGAUCCAGAACCACUGGCCUUACACCAGAGCUGAUCUAGCGAUGCUGAACAUAGGAAGUGCGGAUGGUAACGGUUACUCAUAUACGCUCCCUGACUACUUGAAUUUGGCACGCAGUGGCGUUCCUGGAUAUAUGUAUCGGCCUGCCAACGGCCAUUGACCGCUGUUUUAAGA